AUGAUCAUCUUCUACUUCCUAGCACAAAAAUAUAAACAUGCCACCAAACUCCAUCCACCGGGGCCACGGGGGCUGCCGUUCAUCGGAAUUCUGCACCAGUUCGACGUCCGAUCUCCGCACACGUACCUCCGCCGCCUCUCCAACAAGUACGGCCCCGUCAUGUCCCUCAAGCUCGGACUACGGCCAGUCGUUGUGAUUUCCUCAGCAGAUGCCGUGAAAGAGAUCAUGAAAUCACACGACGCCAUUUUCUCCAGCCGCCCGCUUCUUGUUUCCCUGCAGAGGCUCACGUACAACGGCCUAGAUGUUGCGUUUUCGCCCGACAACCAAGUGUGGAGGGAGAUGAGAAAGAUCUCCACGAUCCAUCUCUUUGGCGCGAAGCAAGUUCAAUCAUCUCAGCCUAUUUUCAAAGAUGAAGUGCGGAAGAUGAUGGCGAAGAUUGCUAGAGACGCAUCUUCUUCCACUGUCGUUAACUUGAGCGAGACGAUGCUGUCGCUUUCUAGUAACUCUAUAUGUAGAGUUGCGUUUGGGAAGACCUAUGGAGAUGAAGGCUAUGGAAAGAACCGUUUCUUUGAUCUUCUUCGCGAAAUGCAAUCGCUUCUUGGAGGUUUUUUUGUGGAGGAUUACUUGCCUUGGUUUCGAUGGGUUGAUAGAUUGCUUGGAAUGAACAAAAAGCUUG